GGAUUGUCGUGUGUCGUUUUCUAAAUUUCAAACACCGUGCAAUGAAUGCUCCUUCGCUCUCUGUCUCUACGCUCCUUCAAAACCUUACCUUUUUUUAUUGAGAGAACCUACUAUGUCCACCGUGGAGGCAAGGAGGCUUGCCGUUUUGUGCUCCCAUCUCAACCCGACCCGGUUGCCUCCGGGUCCCCUCUAUUCCCCGGUUUCGGGUUCGGUCUGUGCUUCUGCUUCUGAUGCUGAAACGCGAUUAGCUAAUACCAAAAGGCACAAUUUGGAAGAGGAUUGCAUUUUCUGCAAGAUUAUCCGUGGUGAAUUACCUGCUUUGAAGCUGUACGAAGAUGAUUUUUGCCUAUGCAUAUUGGAUACAAAUCCGCUGUGUCAUGGGCACUCUCUCGUUAUCCCGAAAUGUCAUUUUCCUUCACUGGAUGCUACUCCUCCGUCAGUGGUAGCCGCAAUGUGUUCAAAAGUGCCCUUUAUUAGCACUGCAAUCAUGAAGGCUACUGGCUGCAAUUCUUUCAAUCUGUUGGUUAACAACGGAGCAGCUGCUGGCCAAGUAAUAUUUCAUACUCAUAUCCACAUAAUUCCCCGUAAAGCAUAUGAUUGUUUAUGGGCUUCUGAGAGUUUGCUAAGGCGCCCCCUUAAUUUAGAUGAUGAGAAAGUAUCUCAGCUUGCAGCUCGUAUUCAGGAACAGUUGUUGCUAUCAGAUAUUUGUCAGGAUAGCAAGAAUGAAGAUUUUUGUUCGAGUAAAAGUUAGUUGUGUUGUUGAUGUAUUGUAACUUAUAUUUCAUAUUUUCAUUUAGAGGAAUGGAACAUGCGCAGAAAAAUAGUUUAAUAUAACCCUCAUAUUCAAUAAUUGAGUGAUUGUUUUUUUUUUUUUUUUUUUUCCUUUUCUUUCUAAAGCCAUUGCUUUAAACCCAACCCAAAAUAUCUCAGCUACUAUUUUUUUCUUUUUUCUUUUUCCGAUAUCACUAAUUUAUUGAAUGCAAGGGUUAUGUCAAGUAUUUUUAUAGGCAUGUAUCAUUUCUCUCUCAUGUAUGUGCCCAUGUGUACAGUCAAUUUUUUUUAUUUAUUGGUUAAAUUUUUGAAAAGGGAUUU